UUUGGCUCGCAGAGAAAGGCCAUCCAACGCAAAGCGCGCUUUUAAGGGGUGACAACAGGAUGCUUCGCAUUGCCUUCCUGGUUGGACCGGCAGUGGUGAGCGCUUGCCCCGCUGGGUAUGGCAAGCCAGUCCGCGGCAGCCCCUGCAUGAUCUGCCCCGAGGGCACCUACAGCGCGGAGGGCGCGGAGGUGUGCACCCAGUGCGAGGCAGGCACCUGGAGCGACCUGCGGGGCCAGCGGGGUGCGGAGAGCUGCGGAAUGUGCCCGGCGGGGACCUGGAGCAGCCAGCUGGGCGCCAUCUCCCCUGAGGCCUGCCAGAAAUGCCCAGAGGGGCGAUGGAGCAAUAGGACCGGCGUGGGCGCCAUCGCCGGGUGCCAGCGAUGCCCUGCCGGGACCUGGAGUGGGAAACAAGGCGCCACCAGCGAGAGCGUGUGCAUCAAGUGUGCCGCUGGGAAGUGGAGCCCGCAGAUGGCGGCCACCUCAGAAGAGGCUUGCGUGAGCUGCGACGCGGGCCGCUACAACCCCAAGGCGGGAGCCGCCGCGCCUCUGAGCUGCGUCACCUGCCCUGCGGGCACCUGGGGCGAUGCGGUGGGCGCGGACAGCGAGGAGGCAUGCACGCCGUGCCCCGUGGGCACUUUCAGCCCUGGCCGUGGUGCCAUUUCCAGUGAGAGCUGUGCGAAGUGCCGGCCGGGCACUUGGAGCGACACCGUGGGCGCCUCCGGCCACAAGACCUGCACCAGCUGCCCGGUGGGGACCUACAGCACGGAGGAAGGUGCAACUAGCUCGGAGAUUUGCUCCGAGUGUGGCCCUGGCACGUACCAGCCCAUCCUUGCUGCAGCUUCCAGCGAGUUGUGCAUCAAGUGCGCAGUGGGCAACUACACCAACGGAGUGGGCCAAUCGAGCUGCCACUUCUGCCCGGAAGGCACGUACGGCGACGCUUUUGGGCUGACCAAGUGCACCGAGUGCCCCAGCGGCACCACCACUGCAGCACAUGGUGCUAUUCGGGAGGGCCUGUGCAUGCCUCUUGGCUGAAAGCAUAUGGCCGUGCCGACAGUUCACAUGAUGGGUGUCCCUCCAGGAUGUGGACCUCUUUUUGGUAUGGUUUGAGAGGGAGACCAGGAAAUCAACCAGCGGAAGGAGUCUUUUUAGAGAGGCUCCUACCAAGGGAGCUUCCUUGGUCUCUCCUAUCAGGACCUGGAGGGGGAGACUUUCAUGUAAUGAAGCAAAGUGGGUAGCUCCCCGACGCAAGGUCCAAGACCGGAAGCGUUGUCUUCCCAUGAGAAUGGCGCUGGAAAGUCGGUCCAAUCGGGUCCGAAGGAAUGGUAAUGAUUUUGCACACCGGAAUUCAGGGAGAAGGGGCAGCCGUGGCAACAGCAUGGCUCCAACGGGCAAAGGCCGCCCCCUUUACUCUAGCCGUUUUGGCCCGCUUUUGUCACGAGCCGCAGCGUCAUCGCACGGAAGUUGCGAGAAGCUUACGGACAUGUACAGCUCUUAAUCAGACAGUUCAUCAAUAAUUAUUGCCUGG